UGACUGUGACGUCCGUUGCCUUGCGUUACUGUGCGCCACUGAUGCAGGGGGAUCCAUCAUGGCGUCGAUGCAGAAGAGGUUACAGAAGGAACUUUUAGCCUUGCAGAAUGAUCCUCCUCCUGGAAUGACACUCAAUGAGAAGAGCGUACAAAACACCAUCACACAAUGGAUUGUGGAUAUGGAAGGAGCCUCUGGUACUCUUUAUGAAGGGGAGAAAUUUCAGCUUCUUUUUAAAUUCAGUAGUCGUUAUCCUUUUGACUCACCUCAGGUAAUGUUCACAGGAGACAAUAUACCUGUUCAUCCUCACGUUUAUAGCAAUGGCCACAUCUGCCUGUCCAUCUUAACAGAAGACUGGUCACCAGCUCUUUCAGUGCAAUCUGUCUGUCUUAGCAUUAUUAGCAUGCUGUCUAGCUGCAAAGAGAAGAGACGGCCUCCAGAUAACUCCUUUUAUGUACGGACGUGUAAUAAAAAUCCAAAGAAGACAAAAUGGUGGUACCAUGAUGAUACCUGUUAAUGUGAACUUUCUUGAACUGUUGAAGGAAAGAAGUCCUACUGACAAAAGCACUUUUUGUAAAAAUAAAUUAACAUGGUCUAUGAACUGUAACCAUGGACUCCGAUUACAAGCAUGGACUCAGACCACAAACAUGAGAGGUGAUUUCAGCUGCGUUACCAGUAGCCAGUUGGAUGCAUGUUUGAAGGAAAAACUGAUGAAGAAUGGAAAACUCCAAGCGACUGGAAAUGGACCUGUCUUGGGUUUGUAUGGGAAAAUUUUAGAUUUGUCGAAGGAGUUUUUUUUUGUAUUUCUAUCCUGGACCACACAUGUUCCUGUUAAUUUUUAACACUGGUAUGUUUUGAGGUCCAUGUCUCUCGUGCAAUAACAAAGAUGUGUGCGUAUCUGGCCAAGAAUGGGAAUUCCAAAUAGUUGAGUAAUGAGAAAUCCAAAACAAAUCUGGAAAGGGUUGUAGUGUCACAAUCUUAAUCCCUUUGCUUUUAUGUUUAUGUUUUUGUUCCUACUGAAAUAUUAUGCACUGUGAAAUGAUUUAAGAAAUGAAAAGUUCAUUGAUCUGCAGUUCUACCGAAAUAGAUGGGGAGGGGCCGGUAAGUCCUGAAAGUCCACUGUAAAUAGUUUAGUUUAAGAAUGGUACAACUUUGUUAUCCAUCUCGAGUUUUGACUGCAAAUGGCAAUUUUAAUGUCAGUCAAGCUGUUAGGACUAAAUGUGUCCUUUAGUAACAAAACCAAGAGUUAACCUUGAACAUUACCAACUCAUACCUCUGCCAUAUAGGGUAAAUCCAGUGUUCUGUAUAGUUUUGCCAAUGGCAGAUUAAAGCAACAAGAGUUUGGUAACCCCAUAUGUGUCAUGUUGGCAUUAAAGUUCUGUCUUCUAUUUUGUUUCUAUAUGUUUUGUAUUGAGACAAAAACUCCAGUCCCAUUUAUCCUCAUCCAUCUUUAAAGGUUUCUUCCUCUUAAUACCUUUUCCUAAGUUUAUUAUAGUAUGGUUUUAUUUUAUGCAAGUCAUAAAAAGAGUCAAUGAAUGGCAAUAUGUUUGGUAGUAGAUGGCUUAUUUAAUUUUGGGAAAUUGUUUUACUUUCUAUUCUCAACUGGUAUGGAAGUCAUUGUGAUUUGUGUUUUCUGCAAGGUUCUCCUGGUCAUACUUGUCUGGCUCAGGUAAUUUUUAAAGAAAAAAUAUUCCUAACAGAUCAUUUCCAUUUGAUUAUAUUUUUUCUUAAAAGACUGUUACAUACUUAAGGAACAAAUUAAAAAUUCGGUAACACAUACAAUGUGCGUGUUUCAAAAUUGAUGCAUUUAACUUUAAAUUGCAAGUGAACGUUGGUAGAUUAGCAGCAUGAUCUAUAUAAAAAUGUUAUUCCAGAGCACAUAUUUGAUCAUUUUUGGAUCAUCUGCACUUUUCUAAAAAAAAAAGAUUGUGGUCAAGAAUUAUUGGGUUGCUUGACUUUUUUUCUAAAAUGAAACAUGCAUUCAUAUUUUCUUUCCCAUGUUGAAUUUGUUUAAUGUAAGGUAUCUGGUUAUAAGUUUAUACACUCCAAAGAUGUUUUAGCCAUCCAUUUAAAUACUUGAAUAUUCCAAAGUUGGUUGGCUUUUUCCAUUAUCUGUGGUACAUUGUAUUUAGACUUCCAAGUGAAUGUGUUGCUGUAGGACUAAAUGAAGAUGGAUUCUUGCUUUCCCUGCACAAAAAAAAUCAGGAAACUUUAUAUUGUUUCUCAUGUUUUUGUUUUUACUACUGAAAGAAAAUGUGUAGAAAUGCAAACAGGGCUAAACUGAAUGUGUUGCUAUAGUGUGACACUUUGUUACCAUAAAGGAAGUCAAUAAGUGUAUGCACUUACUGUAUGGUUAUGUAGACUUGGUUGUCAAUAGUUUUUAUGAUUGUAUACUUUGGUUUGCAAGUUAAAAGAAUAAUCAAAGGUAAUAGAAGAUAUUGUUUUUCUAACUUUGUCUGAUUUUUUUUUUUUGUAUGUACAAAUAAUGUAAGUUGUGCCUGUUAAUUUAAA